AUGUCCGUCGCAAAAGAAUUCGAAGCAGCAAACGCAAACUACGCCGCGUCCUUUACGAAAGGCGACUUGCAGCUGCCACCCCAGCGCAAAGUCGCAAUCGUAGCCUGCAUGGAUGCACGACUGGAUACUGCUCGCGCUCUCGGCCUAGAAGAAGGCGACGCCCAUGUCAUCCGCAACGCAGGCGGACGAGUCACCGAUGCCCUGCGCAGCAUCGUGAUCUCGCAGCAGCUGCUCGGGACGCGGGAGAUAGUAAUUGUGCACCACACGAACUGUGGAAUGCUCACGUUUACCGACGAGGUUAUUCGAACUAAGAUCCGGGAUGAGAUUAAGCAGAAUGCGGAUCAUAUUGCCUUUCUCCCGUUCUCGGAUCUGAGGAAGAGUGUUUUGGAUGAUAUUCAGUUGGUCAAAGAGAAUCCGUUGGUGUUGGAUGUGCCGGUUACGGGAUACAUCUAUGAAGUUGAGUCGGGGAAGAUUGUGAAGGUCGAGUAG